AUGGAAGUCAUUUCAACCCAGAAGUUUAUUCUACUUACUUUAGCUAUGGUGGUCUUUCUAACAUCGAAUAGUAUGUGCCUAGAUGAACUGAUGAAGUCCAGUCUGCAGAGCAGAGAAGAUGAUGAUGAUAAAUAUUACAAGAUUAAAGACAGUAUCUUGGAAGAAAAACAGAGGAGUCUGAAUUUUGAAGAAAUGAAAGACUGGGGAUCAAAAAAUAUCAUUAAAAUGAACACUCCUACAGUAAAUAAAGUGCCAAAUUCAGUUGCUAAUUUACCUCUUAGGUUUGGAAGAAACUACCCAGAAGAAAGAAGCAUUAAACCAAUUGCUAAUUUGCCUCUGAGAUUUGGAAGAGCUUUUGGAGAGAAUCUACCUAGGCAUGCUCCAAAUUUAUCACAGAGGCUUGGGAGAUCUCCACUUGUUAGAAGUUCCAUUCAAUCACUUCUAAAUUUGCCACAGAGAUUUGGGAAGUCACUGCCUGUCAGUCUGUCUCAAGGUGUCCAGGAAUCUGAACCAGGUAACAAUAAACAAAGGGACCUUGACAAGCUGGAGAAAUGGCUUGGCAGGAACCUCAUGCAGUUCAACAUGGAGAAGUGUAGAGUCCUGCACCUGGGGAUGAAAAACCUCAAGCACCAGUACAUGCUGGGGGUACAUCUGGAAAGGAGCUUUGCAGAUGAAGAGCUAGGGGUCCUGGUGGAUACCGUGUUGAACAUGAGGCAGCGAUGUGCCAUUGUCACAAAGAAUGUCGACUGUAUCCUGGACUGCAUGAGAAAGAUUGUUGACAGCACGUCAUCUCUCCUUUAA